AUGGCUUCCCACCCAACGGGAGACGAGGUGUCCCAGCCAACACCGCCCACAGAGGCAUCGCCCUCCUCCUAUACACCAGGCCGCCUCCUCCACCGCUCCUUUACCCACCACCCAGCAUCCGUACUCUCGGCCAAGGCAUCAACACUCUUCCUUUCUGACGGCCGGUCCGUCCUCGACGCCUGUGGCGGUGCCGCCGUCGCCACCAUCGGGCACGGCCACCCGUCCGUCCUCGACGCCAUCAGCAAACAGGCGCACGAUGUGUCCUACGUACACACACAGGCCUUCACAACCCCCGCCGCCGAGGAUCUCGCCAACCUUCUCCUCGAGGGCAGCCCCGGCGGUCUAGACAUGGCCUUCUUCGUCGGCUCCGGCUCCGAGGCCGUCGAGGCGGCCAUGAAGCUCGCCCGGCAGUGGCACUUUGAGCGCGGUGAGACGCGGCGCGUCCACUUUGUCGCCCGCCAGCAGGGCUACCACGGCAACACCAUGGCGAGCAUGUCCCUCUCCAGCAACGUUGCCCGCAAGAUCCCCUACCAGGGCUUCUCGUACCCGCACGUCACGCACGUGUCCCCGCCUUUUGCGUACCGGUACCAAGGGGAUGCGGAGAGCGAGGAGGAUUUUACCAAUCGUCUCGUGCAGGAGGUGGAGGAUGAGUUCCUCCGGGUAGGAACGGACAAUGUCAUCGCCUUUGUGGGCGAGACCGUCAUCGGCGCCACGGCAGGGUGCGUCACCCCUCCCAAGGGGUAUUGGGCCGGGAUCCAGGCCGUGUGUCAGAGGUAUGGCAUCCUCCUGAUCCUGGACGAAGUCAUGUGCGGCUCCGGACGCUGCGGCGCGCCCUUCGCCUUCCUGCAAGAGAACGUGCAGCCUGACAUUGUCACCGUGGCCAAGGGCCUCGGCGGUGGCUACGCACCCAUUGCUGGCGUGCUGAUGAACCAGAAGAUCACGGACGUGAUCAGGAAUGGCAGCGGGGCCUUUGUCCAUGGACACACGUACCAAGCCCACCCUUUAUCGUGCGCAACAGCACUCGAGGUACAAAAGGUGAUCAGACGUGAGAAGCUCAUCUCGCAAUGCGCGCAGAUGGGCAAGUUGUUGGAGGAACUGCUGCGGAGAGAAAUAGGGGGUUUCAAAUCAGUCGGCGACAUCAGAGGCCGAGGGCUCUUUUGGGCUGUCGAGUUUGUGCAAGACAAGAAGACCAAGUCACCAUUUGAUCCCAAGAUUGGGUUUGGUGUCAAGGUGCAGCAAGAUGCGUUUGAGAGGGGCGUCGCUGUAUACCCAGGCGCGGGCACAAUUGAUGGACACAGGGGAGACCACGUACUAUUGGCGCCGCCGUUCAACAUCACACAAGGAGAGUUGGAGACAGUGGUCGAGGUGCUUAGAGAGUCAAUCGUGUCACAGGAAGCGUUGCAUGGGUAA